GAACCACAGCUACAGUAGAGCACGAUUUCGGGUAGCCAUAGGGCAGGUUGAUUACAGGCAGGGAAGAGCCGCCUGCCUGGAUUGGGCAAACCUUCCUCCGUACCCGCCUCGUCCCUCCCCUCACGCCAAGCGGGUGGGACUGGGCUGGCUGUCAUUACUCUCCUUCGCUGGUGGCGUCUAGGUCGCGGCUUUCCAGCAGCGCUCGCUUGCGGCGCUCUUACAGCAGCCCCUGACCGCCGCCACCAUGCAUCUCUGCCGCAUCGCGUGGCAGAACUUAUCCUCUCGCCUCACGCGGGUUACUCCCUUGCUUCGGGGACACGUACCUUUUCGCCAGAUGUCAUCUGGAAGUGUUCCUGGAUCUUCUGGGGAGAACCUGAUUUACUAUCUGUUAGUCAUUGGUGCUGCUGGUGCAGGUGGCUUUUAUGCCUACAAAACGGUUUCUUCUGAUAAAGCCAGAUACAACGAACGUAUUGAUGAUAUUAAAGAGAAAAAUACAGCGGAAUGGAAACCAAAACCCUGGCCCCCAGAGUCCUUAGAAAGUGAUGAAAUGGAAACGAAAGAAGUUACUGAAGUCAGUGAAGAGGCAAAACCUGCUACAGAAGAGUCUGAAGCCACAAUUACUGGUGAAUCUGAGGUACAGAGUGAAGGGCCCACGGAAUCUGCAGAAGCAGAGAAGAGAGAAGAAUCACCUGUUGAGGAGGCAUCCUCAGGUGUGCAAGAAGAAGAGCAGGAUGCUGCUGCCAGCUCAGAGGCAGCUCCAACUCAAGGAACUCCAGAAAAUGCCCUGGAUACCAAAGUUCUGUCUCCUGAAGAGGAAAAUCUAGAAGGAUCAGCAGUCCCAGCAGCACAGGAAAGACCAGGUACACCACCACAGGAUGAAGAAACUGAUGCAGAUCAAUGUUUCCAGGCUUCAGAAGCCUCUGAAUCAAGAGACAGUGCCUGAGAAUGUUUGGAGCACUGAAGUUCCUGACAUAUUCUAAGAAAUGUUUAAGAUGAUCAUCCCAAUGAAAACAAUGAAGUCUGUGUUUUGUUCAAGGGAAACUCAACGUAUUUUGCAGGAAACAAGCAUUAUGUCUAUGGCUCAUGAAAAGCAACAGAUUUUUAAAGGCAUGUCAGGACACUCAAACUAUAAUGUUGCAAUUCUUUCAUUAGGAAUAACUCUGAACUAUUUUAAGAUGUUAAAUCCAUGAACAGAUUAUCCAUUGUGCCAAAAUUCAAAGUAAUGUAGAGUGCAAAAGCAAUACUUCAGCCACAAUUUAGAUUGCACACCCCCUAGAAACAUUAGAAGAUCUAACAAUAAUGAGUUGUGUACUUAUUACAGAAACAUUUUGAAAUUCCACUUUUCACCCAGCGAUUUUUUUUAAGGGACAAGCAUUUUUUUUAAAUCAAGCAUUACAGCAUUUUCUGUAGAAAAACUAUUGAAUAUUCUGGACAAAAUUAUGAUUUAUGCUGCUGUAUUUUUGGAAAUAUUAAAAUUCCAUGAGACAAUA